AUGAGUACCGCCGAAUCUGCACCUAAGCGGGUGAAAGUUGAUGGUCAAGAACACAUCAUCACUCACAGCGGCACCUUCCACGCCGACGAGGCGCUGGCCGUUAACCUCCUCCGCAGCCUCCCGCGCUUCGCCUCUGCCCCCUUGACCCGCACUCGCGAUGCAGCCACCAUCGACAGCGGUUCGAUCGUCGUCGACGUCGGUGCCACCUACGACGCCACCGCCCACCGAUACGACCACCAUCAGCGUGGGUUCGAGGAGGUGUUCGACGCUAACCACUCGACCAAGCUCUCCUCAGCCGGUCUGGUGUGGAAGCAUUUCGGUCAGGAGAUCGUUGCCACUCAUCUCCAACUCGAUGCGACGGCGCAGAAAGAGACGGUGGAUCUUCUCUGGCUCAAAUUGUAUGAUGACUUUGUCGAGGCGAUCGACGGGAUCGACAAUGGUGUCUCGCAGUAUCCUUCGGACUUGAAGCCCAAGUACAAGAGCAGGACGGAUCUGAGCGCUAGGGUGGGCUACAUGAACCCGAGCUGGAACGAGAAGUCGGACAACGCCGAGUUGGACGCCAGGUUCGAAAAGGCCAGUGCUAUGGCUGGCAAAGAAUUUUUUGACCGUCUCAAUUACACGUACAACGCUUGGUUGCCUGCACGACAGAUUGUCGUGGAUGCGCUCAACAAACGCACUCACCCGCAACUGCUGGUGUUCGACACCUUCGCCAGUUGGAAAGACCACCUCUUCACGCUCGAGAAGGACCUCAACAUUGCGCCCACUGAACGCCCCAUCUACGUUAUCUACCCGGACGAAAGUGGCAAGUGGCGUGUGCAAGCCGUGCCCGUCUCGCCCGAGUCAUUCGUGUCGCGCAAGGCGCUUCCCGAGCCAUGGAGAGGCAUCCGCGACCAGCAGCUGAGCGAGCUGACGGGUAUCGAGGGGUGCAUCUUCGUGCACCAGUCUGGGUUCAUUGCGGGUAAUGCGACCAAGGAGGGUGCACUCAAGAUGGCCAAGGACGGGCUGGCGCAUACGGGUGUUCCCUUCAUUCACUCUGCUCCUGUGGCGGGGGAGAAUGAUGGUCAUUCGCACAGCCACAACCACGACCACGGGCACACCCACGACGUUAUGGACCAUCCCGGCAAGUUCAACGACCGCGAGCUGCCCAACUACGAGAACCGCAACUGGGAUGAGCGUGCUUUCACCGUGGGUAUUGGUGGACCCGUGGGGUCGGGCAAGACUGCGCUCCUCCUCUCUCUCUGCCGCAAGCUCAGGGACAGCUACAACAUUGCCGUGGUGACCAACGACAUCUUUACGCGGGAGGACCAGGAAUUCCUGCGCAAGCACUCGGCGCUCGAACCGGUGAGCAAAAUCCGCGCCAUCGAGACCGGCGGCUGCCCGCACGCCGCCAUCCGAGAGGACAUCUCGGCCAACCUCGAAGCGCUCGAACAGCUGCAGGCCGAAUUCGAGACGCAGCUGCUCUUCGUCGAAUCCGGCGGCGACAACCUUGCUGCCGCCUACUCGGUCGAGCUUGCCGACUUCCACGUGUACGUCAUCGACGUCGCGGGCGGUGACAAGGUGCCCAGGAAGGGCGGUCCUAGUAUCACGCAGAGUGACGUGCUGGUGAUCAACAAGAUCGAUCUCGCCGAGCAGGUGGGCGCCGACUUGGGCGUCAUGAAGCGCGAUGCGGACAAGGUGCGCGACGGCGGGCCCACGGCGUUUACGAGUGUCAAGCUGGACCAGGGCGUGGAUGCGGUUGUGGACAUGAUCUUGGCAGCGAGGGGGAUUGCGGGCGCCGAUAAGGCGGGUAAGCCGGUGCAGAAGUAA